GCCUAGGAAGGUAUUGAUUGAAAAUGGCCUCCUCCUCCUCACAGCUAGCCGUGGCGGUGGCACUGGCGCUGCUGGUCGGCGGCGCAUGGUGCGCGACCCCGGGCACCAAGAUCGCCUUCCAUGUCGAGAAUGGCUCCAGCCCCAACAACUUGAAGCUGCUGGUCAAGGACGCAGCCGUCGACAUCGUCGAGGUGGACGUCAAGGAGAAGGGCUCCAAUGAAUUCCUGCCCAUGAAGCAAUCAUCGGGCACCAUCUGGACGCUCGACACCCCCAAGCCGCUCAAGGGCCCCUUGUCCAUCCGCCUCACAGCGAAGGGAGGCGGCAUGCGCGUUGAGGACGACGUCAUCCCCGCCGACUGGAAGGCAGGCACCGCCUACAACUCCAAACUCCAGUUCGGAGGCUAA